UUGGAUAACGGCAUAAAAAGAGUUCCUGUAAAUAUCGUUAAAUUAACUCCCGAUGCUCGUACUCCAACAUAUGGAUCGCGGUGGGCAGCUGGUGCAGAUCUUUAUAGUGCUCAAGAUUGUGUCGUCCCUGCUAAAGGAAAAUAUUGCGUUUCAACCGAUCUUCAAUUAGAAAUACCACAGGGGUAUUAUGGUCGUGUAGCACCUCGUUCCGGGCUUGCACUCAAAAAUUUUAUUGAUGUUGGAGCUGGAGUUAUUGAUUCAGAUUAUCGUGGCAUUCUUAAAGUUUUAUUGUUCAAUUUCGAUUCAGAUGAUUUUCAGGUCAGAAAAGGCGAUCGUAUUGCUCAAAUUAUAAUAGAACGCAUAGCGCAUGGUGAAUUUAUAGAAGUAAAUCGCUUAAUAGAAACUGAUCGAAAUAUGAGUGGAUUUGGUUCAACUGGUGUUUGA